UCCAACGAGAAUUCAAUACUAUUGCGUUGCCAGACGGAUCCUUCAAUACGAACCGCACACGAUCUUUUCAAACCUCCUCAAAACACUCGGCGAGCCCUACUACCGCCUCACAGUCCAGUGCUUAUCGACAUCCCCAUAAUGCGUACGCCCCAACACCUUCAGAGACCCGACCAACCGCGCGGCAGUCUCGGCCGACCUGCAAAGCCCAGCCGACCCCCUCCAACAAAACGCACUGUUCUCCUCCAAAACAGCGUUUCAGUCUGGGGCUGGCCAUCGCGGGGUGGACUGAUUGUCCUCGAGCACGUCGCCGCACUUGACUUUGAUUUCCUAGGUCUUGACUCCAUCCAUCCGCCCAUGCGCCGCGACCCAGAUCAACACGCCGAGGACAAGCUAUGCCAGCGACUGUUGCUGCUGGGAGCAAAGUGGUUCGAUAGCUACGAUCGAUAUAUAUUCGUCGCGGGCGUCGCGGAAGACCAUGAUCCUUCUAUUCUCGCACUCGAAGCAGGGGAGGAGCAGGCGCCGACGACCUUAGAGAGGCGAUGGGUCAGUGUGGCUCACCCGAGUGGACUGGAUGGCGGAGUUUGGGUCGCUGAGUUUGAUACUGUUAUGUAUGGGAUGCAGGAGAAGAAUGAUUUACUGCCCGCCGACGCCGGCAAAGUGUUACUGACGAAGACGAUGAAUGAGAAGGGCGAGAUUCUACAGAGCAUAGGUGGAAAGUUCUUCGCUAGCCUCAAGCAGUAUAAUGGUGCUGCGUGCUUGAAUGCCUGGAAGGAGAAGAUGGAGGGCGAGUUCGGGCCCUUGGUACAGACACAGUAUGUCGAGUAGCAGAAACGGCCUUUAUUAUCAGAUAUUGAAUGGGCAAUAGUUUGCAUCUUCUCAAUCGAAUACAGCUAUAUAGCCACAAUGCGUGCUGAAGAAAUCCAG